UAAUUAAUUAAUUAUAAUUUUAGGUUAAUCUAAAUCAAAACUUGAGCCUUAAGUACUACUUACUACUCGUCUCCCUUCCCAAAUCUCUAACAAGAAAGAAGUUGGAGGAGAGAAAAUCAAAUAUGGGGGGUCCAAGCCCACCAUACUACACUCCGCUCUCCAAACCCACGCCCGCCUCCGCCUCCUCCUCCGCCGCCAACCACCUCAAGAAACCCAAACUCUACUCGUUGGCCAUCCUAACCAUCCUCUGCUCCCUCUCCUACCUGUUCGGCGCCUGGCAACACGGCGGCGCCACCACCCCCUCCGCCACCAUCCCUUGUUUCUCCGUUCCCCGGAACACCAGCGCCUCCAUCACUCAACCUGGCUCCCCCACUGCAACCACCAAACUAGACUUCGCCACCCACCACUCCGCCGCAGUCGAUGAAGGCGCCGCCACUCUCGCCUCCUCCACAUACCCCCCAUGCAGCAUUAAGUACAGCGAGUACACCCCCUGUGAGGACCAAAAGAGGUCGCUGAAAUUCCCGAGGGAUAGGCUUAUUUACAGAGAGAGACACUGCCCGGAGAAAAAGGAGCGGCUGAGAUGCCGUGUGCCGGCGCCGUACGGGUACAAGAACCCGUUUAAGUGGCCGGUGAGCAGGGAUCUGGUGUGGUACGCGAAUGUGCCGCACAAGGAGUUGACGGUGGAGAAAGCGGUCCAGAACUGGAUUCGAUUCGAGGGCGACCGGUUCAGGUUCCCCGGCGGCGGCACCAUGUUCCCGAACGGCGCUGAUGCUUACAUUGAUGAUAUCGGAAAGUUGAUUAAUCUCAAAGAUGGGUCCAUUAGGACCGCCAUUGAUACUGGCUGUGGAGUUGCUAGCUGGGGAGCUUAUCUAUUAUCGCGAAAUAUCCUUCCGAUAUCAUUUGCACCGAGGGAUACACAUGAAGCUCAAGUGCAAUUUGCGUUGGAGCGAGGAGUUCCGGCGUUGAUUGGUGUUAUUGCCUCGAAGAGGCUUCCGUAUCCAUCCAGGGCGUUUGACAUGGCUCAUUGUUCCCGUUGCCUCAUUCCAUGGGGUCAAUAUGAUGGAGCGUACUUGAUUGAAGUCGACCGGAUUUUGAGGCCGGGCGGAUAUUGGAUCCUCUCAGGUCCACCGAUCCGGUGGAGGAAGUAUUGGAGAGGGUGGGAGAGGUCGCGCGAGGAUUUGAAUGCGGAGCAAAUGCAAAUUGAGAAUGUAACCAAGAGUUUGUGUUGGAAAAAGUUGGUCGAGAAGGACGAUAUUGCUAUAUGGCAGAAGCCGGCCAAUCAUUUGCAGUGCAAAAAAUUCCGAAAGGUUUUCAAGCGCCCGCUGUUCUGUAGCAGCCAGGAUCCAGAUAAAGCUUGGUACACAAGCUUAGAGACUUGUUUGACCCCCUUGCCUGAAGUCUCCAACAACGAAGAGGUCGCCGGUGGGAAACUAGAGAAAUGGCCGAAACGGUUAAACGCCAUACCACCGAGGAUUAGCAAGGGAACAAUAAAUGGGGUAACCCCUGACACUUUUCAGCAAGACUUGCAACUAUGGAACAGGAGAGUCUCGUAUUAUAAAACCGUUAACAACCAACUUGGCCAAGCGGGAAGGUACCGCAACAUCCUUGACAUGAAUGCGUUCUUGGGCGGAUUUGCUGCUAAUUUGGUCGGAGAUCCGCUCUGGGUGAUGAAUGUAGUCCCGGUCGAGGCUAAGAUCAACACACUCGGCGUUAUCUACGAACGUGGAUUGAUUGGAACUUAUCAGAGCUGGUGCGAAGCAAUGUCAACGUAUCCUAGAACUUACGAUCUCAUUCAUGCCGACUCCAUUUUUACACUCUACAAAGACAGGUGUGAAAUGGACGAUAUUAUGUUAGAAAUGGACAGGAUUUUACGGCCCGAAGGGAGUUUGAUUAUACGGGACGAUGUAGAUAUACUGGUGAAGGUGAAGAGAAUUGCAGAUGGACUGAACUGGGAUAGCCAGAUUGUUGAUCAUGAGGAUGGGCCGUUGGAGAGGGAAAAGCUUCUGUUUGCAGUAAAGUUGUAUUGGACGGCUCCAGCUACUGCUGAUCAACAAGCUUAAGAUUCUACGAUUAUUGCAUCCUUUGUCUGUAUUUUCUUUCAAUAUAGUUGUCUGGUUUUCUUGUCACAUUGCAUUAAUUAAUUCAUUAUAGUUUGCUCAUUCUUGAUA